AAAGUGCAGUUUUUUUCUUCUUCUCAUCAGUCAUCACCCAACCCCAAGACGACACAAAUCCAGAAGAAUUCGCUCAUCGUCCCGUUUGAAAUUCCAUCUACGGAGCUGCAAAAGAAUCCGACGAUCCAUUCUUCCCCAUCUUUCUAUUGACUGCCGGAGAGGACAUUCGCCAUGGCCAUGAUGGUACUCGACGUUGAUCCGAAGGCCGACUCCGGUUUUCCGUGCUGGAAUCCUGUCCGCCGUCGCUUCGCGCCGGAGUCUCCUUUCUUCGAAUCUGGCAACAUUGAGCGCGAGCUUCUCGCCAAACAGAUUGCGCUGGAUUUAGGUGAGGAAGAGAAGCAUCAACUAUGGCGUCUGCUGGAUGAAGACUGCAAGGAUCUUUUCUGUCCCAUUGUUGGCUGUCGGGCACGUUUGACAUCUCUGGAGAACUUCGAAAACCACUAUAACUCGCAGCACGCUGCAGCCUGUUCAGUAUGCUAUAAAGUCUACCCAACUUCUCGCCUACUCAGCAUACAUAUAUCCGAAGCACAUGAUUCCUUCUUCCAAGCUAAAGUUGCUCGUGGUUAUCCCAUGUAUGAAUGCUUGGUGGAAGGCUGUGGGUUGAAGUUCAAGAGCUACAAGAGCAGGCAACGGCAUUUGGUCGACAAGCAUAACUUCCCAAGUUCAUACGAUUUCUUCAAGAACAAGGCAUCCCAUCACCCGUCCAAGAAAGCUAGGGAGAAGAAGAUCCACCGCAAACAAGCUGCUACGACAGACAGACGCGAGGAGACUGAGGAAGAGGAGGAAGGGACGACGAGUCAAAAAAUGGACGUGGAAGGUGAAGCCAGCGUCGACAGCCUAACUUCAGCACUCUCCAACCUGACCACCGGUUCCACCCCUUCUUCAGUAUCAUUUGGUCGACGCAACCCUCGUGGACUCACAUUCGUCCCUCGAUCUGUUCAUCAGCGCAAUACCAAGAAGCCGGAGGAUUCAACCCCACCACCAUAGAGGGUCUCCCAGCAUUUUGUGGUUCAUACAACCUUGUGAUGGGUAGUAGUUCAUAUCGUAUUAGUAUUACAUGGGCAUAGCUUCAUUAAAGCUUUCAGGUCCUUUCCCACACUGUCACACUGGCUAAACUCUCUGCUCUCACCCUUAUUGUAUUGAGCUUAUUGUAUUCACCACUGUAUUGUGGCACGUUAUGUAAUUCUUUGUAUUGAAGAAGGAUACUGAUGUCCUAUCAGAUGACGUGGUUGCACAGACUUGAAAGAGAUUAGUAUCCGAACGGGAACGGAAAGCAAAUGAAUAAAAAGAUCUUCUACAUAAAUGGUCACUAAAGUUUGAG